CAUUUAUUGCGCAAGUUGGUUCCCCCAAAUUUUCUCAGGGAAUAAGUGUUGAUCUUGUAACAUAAUUCAAUACAUGCUUGGACAAGUUUUUGACCCUACUUUCAGAGUCAGGUGCUGCUUUCCAAUUUGCGUUGCCUUUUAGUGUGGGGUGAAAAGGGCUUCAAGGAGAUGAGAUUGGCCAUUUGGAACUCUGACCUUGAGCCACGUAAGUAUUAGCUGGAAAUCACGAGGGGAACAUUCGUUUUACAACUUUGUUGCUCCGUGAGUGUGUUAAGGAACUUGAAAUUUUAAAGAUUUUUCGUCGAUCAGGCGAUUGGACUUACAACAGAACGUUUCUUAGUAUCACAUAGCACGUACGUAGUAAUGGCCUGUUCGUUCUUUAACCCAAAAUGUCGCGUGUACCAAAUAGUUUCCUGGUUCGUUUAAGAAGUGAGCACGGAGAGAGAGGGGAAUACAUGCUAAAGUAAAAGCUAGAAACCGGUUUGCAUCAGAGACUCGUGAUGACUGUACAGGCCUGAUGGCAAUUUUUAGCACUAUCAUAAGGUAAAUAUCGGCAAGUUUCCAUGGCAUGGCAUUCAGUGUCAAAUCAGAUUCCACAAUGUAUUGUUGCGCUUCUGAAGAGGUGAAAAUGAAGCGCAACUUGAAUCGAAAGAUUGAUCGCAAGAUCAAAAUGGACAAGCGCGAAUCCAGACGCGAAGUCAAAUUGUUGCUCUUGGGUCCGGGAGAAUCGGGCAAAUCCACUCUGUGCAAGCAACUCAGAUUCAUCUACGGCAUGGGCUACUCCGCCAAUGAGCGCCUUCACUUCAUCCCAUUGAUCCAUCUCAACAUUUUGACCAACAUCCAAGAUCUCAUCAAGGCCAUGCGGAUGUUGAAAAUGGCCCCAGAUGAGCCCGAACUCGUGCCAGUCAUGAAGCGAGUGCGGAAACACCCCUUGUCUGCUGUCAAUCUCUUCGACAACACUCAGCUAGUCACGGAUAUCCGAUGCCUGUGGAAGGAUGUAGGUGUCCAGAGGUGCUUCGAGACUCACAACACGUUCCAUUUGUCCGACUCUGCUCAAUAUUUCUUGGACAACGUGGACCGCAUGUCCAACGUGGCAUAUGUCCCUUUGGAAGAAGACAUCAUCCACGCCCGAGCUCCCACCAUUGGGAUCACGGAAUUCACGUUUAAUUUGGGGACGCGCUUUCGGAUCGUCGACGUUGGGGGUCAGCGGAGCGAACGACGCAAGUGGAUUCACGCCUUCGAUAACGUCACUGCCAUCUUCUUCGUCAUGGCUCUUUCGGAUUAUGAUCAAACCCUGGUGGAGUCACCCCAAGAGAACCGCUUGCAAGAGAGUUUGGCUCUGUUCAAGACAGUGGCCGACUUUGAGUGGUUCCAAAACACAUCCUUCAUUCUGUUCAUGAACAAAACGGACGUCUUUGAGCGGAAGAUAUCGCACACGCAUCUUCGAGAUUUUUUCCCCGACUUCAAGGGGCCAGAUUAUGACACCAUGGCCGCGAGACAAUACAUUCGAGACCUCUUCUUGUGUCUCCGAUGUGUGUUGUCCACGUACCAUUUCUUCACAUGCGCCACAGAUAAGAACAAUAUCGAGUACGUGUUUGAGACGGUGAAGGAUUCAAUCCUAAGACAGAACUUGAUGCUCUUACACAUGUUGUGAGAUGAAUGUCAAUUGCCCAGCUAGCUGGCUGCUUCCAUCAUCGGGUCAAGGCACAGAACUUCAGUGCCCUUUUUCACGUGAAACGUGCUUCAACUGUAUUCUUCUAGUAGGUAUAGAUCAGUCUGAGAGCAGCUAUUUUGGAAAUGAUUUUUUAACAGCCUCGAACGCUUGGCCAUAAGCAAGUAAUAGGACUCCAAAAAAACCGAUGGAACUCGCUCCAAGUGCACGAAAAGUGUUGGUCUAUUUCCACUCAUUUGUAUCCGUUCAUGAAUGUUUUUGAUACGCCCUAAGAGAAAUAAAUCGAACCCACAAACA